CGGGAGUUUGGGGGGCGGGGCCUGGCUGCCCGACUGAGGGCCGCCCCGGGCCUGGCCUGCAGGGCGCUGUGUAGCUUCUGCGGUUGCUGAGGAGCACUUCAGGAAUCCCGGGAACCGGCGCUGGUGAGCUCAAGAGGAGGUCUAAGACACAUAGAUCAAUGGGUAGACACGCUGCUGCAAGCAACCUCUAGCUACAUAGGAACUGUGGAUUUGUUCUCUGAUGCUCCCAUGGAGACAGGAAGCUCUGGGUUGAACAUGAAGCCCCAGUCUUUGCAGCUAGUGCUGGAGGAACAGGUGUUGGCAUUGCAGCAGCAGAUGGCGGAGAACCAGGCUGCCUCUUGGCGGAAGCUGAAGAACUCCCAGGAGGCCCAGAAGAGGCAAGCAACCCUUGUGAGGAAGCUUCAGGCCAAGGUUUUACAGUACCGGAGCUGGUGCCAAGAGCUGGAGAAGCGGUUAGAAGCCACCGGAGGACUGAUCCCUCAGCGGUGGGAAAGUGUAGAAGAGCCAAACCUGGAACAGCUGCUGGUCCGGCUGGAGGAGGAGCAGCAGAGGUGUGAGAGCCUAGUGGAGGUGAACACGGAGCUUCGGCUGCACAUGGAGAAAGCAGAUGUGGUGAAUAAAGCCCUUCAGGAAGAUGUGGAAAAAUUGACAGUGGACUGGAGUCGGGCCCGGGACGAGUUAAUGAGGAAGGAGAGCCAGUGGCGGAUGGAGCAGGAGUUCUUCAAGGGCUAUUUGAAAGGUGAACAUGGCCGUCUUCUCAGUCUGUGGCGUGAGGUGGUGACCUUCCGACGUCACUUCCUGAAAAUGAAGUCUGCUACUGACAGAGAUCUGACAGAGCUAAAGGCUGAGCACGCCAGGCUCUCGGGGUCCCUGCUGACGUGUUGUCUGCGCCUGACCGUAAGAGCACAGUCUCGUGAAUCCACUGGAUCUGGGAGAGCAGAGGAGAGUGAGCCGGCCCAGCUGCUGCUGCUGGUGGCUAAGACGCAGGCACUGGAGAAGGAAGCCCACGAAAAGAGCCAGGAAUUACUACAGCUGAAGAGUCAGGGGGACCUGGAGAAGGCCGAGCUCCAGGACCGAGUGACAGAGCUCUCUGCUUUGCUGACCCAGUCUCAGAAGCAAAAUGAAGACUAUGAAAAGAUGGUAAAGGCUCUGAGGGAAACAAUGGAGAUCCUGGAGACAAACCACGCAGAAUUAAUGGAGCAGGAGGCAUCUCUGAGCAGGAAUGCCCAAGAGGAGAAGUUGUCCUUGCAGCAUGUGCUCAAGGACAUAACCCAGGCACUGGCCUCAGUGGAAGAAGAGGACACUGUGACCCAGAGCUCAGAUCGCGAGAGCUCAUUGCAGUUGGACUGUAGUGGCUUCUCCCCGUUUGACCCCCAGGACCCAGACAAGGCUCUUACUCUGGUGCGGUCAGUGCUGACUCGGAGACAGCAGGCUGUACAGGACCUCAGGCAGCAGCUCUCGGGCUGCCAGGAGGCUAUGAGCUUCCUGCAGAAGCGGCACGAUCAGUGGGAGGAGGAGGGCAGAGCCCUGAGGGAACGGCUGCACACGCUCACUGGGGAGCGGGAUGCUCUGGCCGGGCAGACGGUGGACCUUCAGGGAGAGGUGGACUCUCUCAGCAAGGAGCGAGAGCUGCUGCAGAAGGCCAGGGAAGAGCUGCAGCAGCAGCUGGAAGUGCUGGAGCAGGAAGCAUGGCGACUGCGAAGAGUGAACAUGGAGCUGCAGCUGCAGGGGGACUCUGCUCAGGGGGAGAAGCAGGAGCAGCAGGAGGAGCUGCACAUGGCCGUCCGUGAGAGGGAGCGUCUUCAGGAGACGCUGGCGAGCCUGGAAGCCAAACAGUCAGAAUCACGAAGUGAGCUGAUCACUCUUCGGGAAGCCCUGGAGUCAAGUCGCCUAGAAGGGGAGUUACUGAGGCAAGAGCAAGUGGAAGUGACGGCAGCCUUGGCCAGGGCAGAACGGUGCAUUGCAGAGCUGUCGGCCUCCGAGAACAGCCUGAAGGCCGAGGUAGCUGAUCUUAGAGCUGCAGCUGUCAAGCUUGGGGCCUUAAACGAGGCUUUGGCUUUAGAUAAAGUUGGGCUGAACCAGCAGCUCCUCCAGUUGGAGCAGGAGAACCAGUCCGUGUGCGGCCGAGUGGAGGCGGCCGAGCACCUGAGAAGUGUUCUGCAGGUGGACCUGGAAGAGGCGGAAAGGCGCAGGGAAGCCCUGUGGGAGAAGAGAACUCAGCUGCAGGCUCAGCUGCAGAAGGCAGAGGAGACAGGGGCUGAGCUCCAGGCAGAACUGCAGAGUGUCCGAGAAGAAAAGGAAGAACUUAAAGAGAAACUAAGUGAGGCACAUCACCAGCAAGAAGCAGCUACAGCUCAGCUGGAGCAGCUGCGUCAGGAUGCAGAGCGACAGGAAGAAACACUUGCUAGAGCAGUCCUGGAGAAGGAGGCCCUCGUACGGGAGAGGGCAGCUCUCGGGGUGCGCCUGCAGGCUGUGGAGCGGGACCGACAGGACCUCGCUGAACAAGUCCUGGGGCUCAGGUCAGCCAAGGAACAGCUGGAGAGCAAUCUCUUUGAGGCCCAACAGCAAAAUUCUGUGAUAGAGGUCACCAAGGGGCAGCUGGAGAUCCAGAUCCAAACCGUCACUCAAGCCAAGGAAGUAAUUCAAGGGGAAGUGAAGUGUCUGAAACUGGAACUGGAUGCUGAGAGGAGCCGGGCAGAGCAGGAGCGGGAUGCAGUAGCCAGGCAGCUAGCCCACGUUGAGCAAGACGGGCAAGCCGCUCUGGAGCGACAGAAGGUGGCCCACGAGGAGGAGGUGAACAGGCUCCGAGAGAAGUGGGAGAAAGAGCGCUCCUUGCUUCAGCAGGAGCUGGAUAAGACCCUGGAGACCCUAGAAAGGGAGAGAACGGAGCUGGAAGCAAGGCUGAGAGAGCAAGAGACAGAAGCUAAAGCCAUCCGUGCACAGAGGGAUGAGGAGCGGGCCGAGGCUGACAGCACCCUGUACCGAAUGCAACUAGAAACAGAGAAGGAGAGAGUGUCCCUCCUCGAGACACUGUUGCAGACCCAGAAGGAGUUGGCAGAUGCCAGUCAGCAGCUGGAAAGGCUGAGGCAGGACAUGAAGAUUCAGAAGUUACAGGAGCAGGAGACUACUGGCAUGCUGCAGAACCAGCUUCGGGGAGCCCAGCAGGAGCUGAAGGUGGCAGCCCAGCAGCACAGGGAGGAGCUUGCUGCCUCCCAGAAGGACAGGGUAGAUCUGCAGAAGCAGGUGGAGGACUUGAAGUCGCAGCUGGUAACCCAGGGUGACUCCCACAGGCUGGUGAAACUAGAGAUUCAGGAGAAAGUGAAAGAGGCUCAGGAAUGUAGCCGGAUUCAGAAGGAACUGGAGAAAGAGAAAGCCAGCCUGGCACUGUCGCUAAUGGAAAAGGAAGGAAGACUCCUUGUUCUGCAAGAAGCUGACUCUGUCCGACAGCAGGAGCUGAAUUCCCUGCGCCAGGACAUACAGGAGGCCCAGGAGGGGCAGCGAGAGCUCAGUCUGCAGGUGGAACUACUGAGGCAGGAGGUGAAGGAAAAGGAGGCUGGCUUUGUAGCCCGGGAAGCGCAGCUGCUGGAGGAGCUGGAGGCCUCACGGAUCACAGAGCAGCAGCUGCGAGCUUCUUUGUGGACCCAGGAGGCCAAGGCAACCCAACUUCAGCUGCAGCUGCGCAGCACUGAGAGCCAGCUGGAGGCACUGGCUGCAGAACAGCAGCCAGAGAACCAGGCCCAGGCACAGCUGGCUAGCCUCUGCUCUGUCCUGCAGCAGGCCCUGGGGUCUGUGUGUGAGAGCCGGCCUGAGAUGAGGGGCGGGGGCGAUUCUGCUCCUUCCCUGUGGGGCCCUGAGCCAGAUCAGAAUGGAGCUAGGAGACUCUUUAAGAAAGGGCCCCUCCUGACCGUGCUGUCAGCUGAGGCUGUAGCAUUGGCUCUCCAGAAGCUUCAUCAAGACCUGUGGAAGGCUCAGCAGGCCCGGGAUGACCUAAGGGACCAGAUCCAGAGGCUGACCCAGCAGCUGACUGAUACCGAGGCCCAGAAGAGCCAGGUCCUCUCGGAGAUGCAGGACUUGGAGAGACAGCUCUCCCAGAGCCAGGAAGAGAAAUCCAAGUGGGAAGGGAAACAGAACGCCCUGGAGUCUGAGCUGAGGGACUUGCACGAGACUGUGGCAUCCUUACAGAGUCGCCUACGGCAGGCAGAGCUGCAGAAAGUGGAAGCUCAGAAUGAGUGUGAGUUGCUGCAGGCAUCCGAGGAGAAGCUGACAGCCCAGGUUGAACAUCUGCAAACAUGUGUUGCAGAAGCCCAGGCUCAGGCAAGUGCAGCCGGUGUCCUGGAAGAAGAUCUGCGAACAGCUCGCUCAGCACUGAAACUGAAAAACGAGGAGGUAGAGAGUGAGCGGGAGAGAGCCCAGGCUUUGCGAGAGCAGGGCGAGCUAAAGGUGGCCCAGGGGAAAGCUUUGCAGGAGAAUCUAGCCCUGCUGGCCCAGACCCUAUCUAACAGAGAACGGGAGGUGGAGACGUUGCAGGCUGAGAUCCGGGACCUGGAGAAGCAGCGGGAAAUGCAGAAGGCGGCUCUGGAGCUGCUCUCCCUGGACCUGAAGCAGCGGAGCCAAGAGGUAGACCUGCAACAAGAACAGAUUCAGGAGCUGGAGAAGUGCAGGUCGGUCUUAGAGCACCUGCCCAUGGCCGUCCAGGAGCGGGAGCAGAAGCUGAGUGUGCAGCGGGACCAGAUCAGAGAACUGGAGAAAGAUCGGGAGACCCAGAGGAGUGUCCUGGAACAUCAGCUCCUGGAACUGGAGAAGAAGGCUCAAGUGAUUGAAUCCCAGAGGGGACAGAUUCAGGAUCUGAAGAAGCAGCUGGUGACACUAGAGUGCCUGGCCCUGGAACUGGAGGAAAGCCAUCACAAAGUGGAGGGCCAGCAGCAGGUGAUUGCGGAGCUGGAGGGCCAGAGGGAGAUGCAGAGGGUAGCUCUAACCCAUCUCACACUGGACCUGGAAGAAAGGAGCCAGGAGCUGCAGGCACAAAGCAACAAGCUCCAGGAGCUGGAGAGCCACAGCAGCCAUCUGGCCAGAGAGCUGCAGGAGAGGGACCAGGAGGUGAAGGCCCAGCGCCAGCAGGUGAAGGAACUGCAGAAGCAGAAAGAGCAGCUGACUCAGGACCUGGAGAGGAAGGACCAGGAGCUGAUGCUGCAGAAGGAGAGGAUUCAGGUUCUGGAAGAUCAGAGGACGCUGCAGACCAAGAUCUUAGAGGAGGACCUGGAGCAGAUCAAGCAUUCCUUGAGGGAACGCGGCCAGGAGCUGGCCUCUCAGCGGCAGCUGAUGCACGAGCGGCCAGACGAUGGAAAGAGCCCUAGUAAAGCCCAGCGUGGGAGCCUGGAGCACUUAAAGCUGAUCCUGCGGGAUAAGGAGAAGGAGGUAGAAUGCCAGCAGGAGCGCAUCCAGGAACUUCAGGAGCACACGGGCCAGCUGGAACAGCAGCUCCAAGGCCUGCACAGGAAGAUGGGUGAGACUAGCCUGCUCCUGACCCAUCGAGAGCAGGAGCUAGCAACCCUGCAGCGGCACCUCCAGGAAGCCAAGGAACAAGGAGAGCUGAAAGAGCAGGCACUUCAGGGUCAGCUGGAGGAGGCCCAGAGAGCUCUGGCCCAGAGGGACCAAGAACUGGAGGCCCUUCAGCAAGAACAGCAGCAGACCCGGGGCCAGGAGGAAAGCAUGAAGCAAAAGACAAGUGCUCUGCAGGCCGCUCUGGAGCAGGCCCAGGAGACGCUGCAGGGGCGUCAGAGGGAGCUGGAGGAGCACAAGGAACAGGUGCAGAGGCUCCAGGAAGAGCUGGCAGUGGAGGGGCGGCAGGUACGGGCCCUGGAGGAGGUGCUGGGAGACCUGAGGGCUGAGUCUCGGGAGCACGAGAAGGCUGUGCUGGCCCUUCACCAGCGGUGUGCUGAACAGGCCCAGGAGCAUGAGGCGGAAGCCAGGGCCCUGCAGGACAGCUGGCUGCAGGCCCAGGCCACACUUAGAGAACAAGAACAAGAGCUGGUAGCUCUGCGGGCGGAGAAUCAGUAUUCCCGCCAUCAGGAGGACGCUGCAUGGGGCCAGGCAGAGGCUCUGCAGCAGGCCCUCAGCAAAGCCCAGGCUGCCCUGCAGGACAAAGAGCAGAGUCUCCUUGAGCAGGCUGAAUUGAGCUGCACUCUGGAGGCCAGCACUACCAACUUGCAGGCUACCCUGGACACCUGCCAGGCACGUGCUCAGCAGCUGGAGGAGGCCCUGAGGAUGCGAGAAGGUGAGAUCCAGGCCCAGGCUCUCCACCACCAGGAGGUUAUGCAGCAGCUCCAGCAGGCCCUUUCCCAGAAGGAGGAAGAGCUGAGGCAGCAGGAAGAGCAGGGGCAGCUGCUGGAAAAGGUGCUGGCCCAGAGGAGUCAAGAAAGUGGACUCCAAGAGAAGCAAAGUCUGCAGCAAGAGAGAGAAGAGGAGACAGGGGGCCUUGUGGAGAGCCUAAGGGAGCUACAGCUGGUUCUAGCCCGAAAGGAAGAAGAGAUUUUGAUGCUGAGGGAGGCCCAGCAAAGGCAGAGUCUGGAGGCCUCUUCCCCAAGCCGCAGAGCCUUCCCAGUGGAGAAGGAGUUGGAGCGACUGCAGAAUGCCCUGAGGCAGACGGAGGCCAGGGAGAUCGAAUGGAGGGAGAAGGCUCAGGACUUGGCACUGUCCCUGGCCCAGAGCAAGGCCAGCAUCAGCAGUCUGCAGGAGAUAGCCAUGAUCCUGCAAGCCUCUGUCCUAGAGAGGGAGUCGGAACAGCAAAGGCUACAGGAGGAGUUGGUGCUCAGCAGACAGGCUCUGGAGGAGCAGCAGUCACAUGGCCCACACUCAACCAACAGAGCAGACCAAGGGCCCAAAGCUGGACAAGACAGACAGCCUGGAGAGGUAGCUGUGGCUGAGCCUAGUCCUGGGGUGGAGGAGGAGCAGUGGACACAAAGGCUUGAACGUCUGCAGGAAGCAGUGGCGCAGCUGGAAUUUGACCGCAGCGAGCUGCAGCACCGCAACACGCAGCUGCGGACUACCUUAGAGCAGGUGGAGCGGGAACGGAGGAGGCUGAAGAGGGAGUCCAUGCGCGCAUCCCGAGCAGGGUCACUGGAGACGAGAGAAGCUUCAUCCCCCGUACAGCAGGAUGGAAGAGGAGGUCAGAAAGGUUCCUCGGAUAGCAUGCAUGUGCUUGAGCUUCAGAGAGAGGUAGCCCUGCUGCGAGCCCAGCUGGCGUUGGAGCGAAAGCAGAGACAGGACUACAUCGCGCAAUCCGUGCAGACCAGCCGUGAGCUGGCCGGCCUGCGGCACAGCCUCUCCCACUCCCUCCUCACGGUGGCCCGGGCCCCCGAGGCCACUGUUCUAGAGGCUGAGACCCGAAAGCUGGAUGAGUCCCUGAGUCAGAGUCUGACAUCCCCGGGGCCAGUCCUGCUACAUCCCAGUCUGGACACUGCUCAGACUACCCCCAGGUAGCAGCUGCAGCCAGGGCAGAACACAGCCAGCCAGGUGGCACACAUCGGAUGACUGCAGAGGGGGUCACAGUUCCCCCAACGCUACAAGUUUGCCAAAGGCAAGAUUUAGCUCUGUUACCCAACUAGGAGGACCAGGUCAGCUGACAGUCCCAGGAAAAGAAUGGGAACCCUCCAGGCCAGAGAGGGUCGCAGCUCACAUGGGAAUGAGGCAAAUCGCAUUUGCUUGCUGACCUCCUGUUACCCAGGAAGUGCCUUGUCCUGCCUGCGGGGCAUCUGUUGUCUUUCCACCUGUUGAAGCAACCACAGUCCACACUAAGCCUGAAGGCCCGGUUGGCUCCAGCGGCACCUGGUACUCUGUCUUGGGCAGGAGCACCAAGUGCAGGGAGUGUCUGCUGCCUUCUUGGCUUCACCGUCUCCCCCACCUUCCCCUUUACAGUAAAUCCCAGGUCUUUGUAUUAGCCCUCGGCUGCUGUGUCCACUUCUGUAGAUGGGCCGAAGGAGGACAUCGAGGGGAUUGGGAAGAUUCACUGAUUCCCGUAUGGCAGCAUGAACGUACCGCAUGGCAUGCUGUCUAACGGGAAGGUCACGUGAGAAAAUCCUGGUCCAGCCUGAAGUGUGACUGAUAAGAACCAUGUAACAAGUCUGGUGAGGUGCUUGGCACUUGCCGCCAAGCCUGACAACCUGAGUUCUGUGCCCCGUCCCACAAGAUGGGGGAAUAAGUUGUCCUCUGACCUCCACACAUGCAUGACAGCACAUCCAUGCCCAUACAUAUGCACAUACAUGUAAACAGAAAAAGAACCAAGUAAUACAUUAACAAUUUAGAGGCAGCUCUGUGUAUGAACAGAAGUACUGUAGAGGUUCCAAGGGAGCAAGGGAGUCACCCACGGACCCUUGAGGCAUGGAGGAGUUAGUUGAGAAUCCUGCUGAACAGUCUCAUGGGGAACUGGUCUGUCUGUGGCAAAGGGUGGGACCAAGGUUAGAGGCUGGAUUAUAGCAGGCCUCGAGCUCUGACCCAGACAGUAAGCAGCCACCAAGUUUCUUUACCUAAAUCAAGCUCUUUGACGCUUGGCUAACGUCACAGUCGUGAUUCGGGAAGUCCAUGUGGCUUUGCUCCUCAUCACACACGGUUGUCUGCCUGAACACCCUCACGUGUCCCUUCCUGGGCACAUCAGCUGGAAGUGACUGUGGCCUCUAAGUCCAACCCUGUGUCAGGCCAGUCAGCACAGCCUGGCCAAACCUGUCCC